GCGGUGUUGGAGUGGCACGCAGUGACUGUUGUGUCUCGAACGCUCGCCAGCCCAACCAGUUACGAUUCAACUUUCAUUCCGUGCUGACGUAUCCGGGCGUGUUGAGUGUGAAGCGCAGCGAGCGCUCUUGAAUGCGACACUACAGCAAGUGAAGUGAAAUAGUUUGACCAACAACAACAACAACCAAAUAAAUGUAUAAAUAAAUAAUUGUUGUGAAUAAAAUACAUAUACAGGCACUUGUGAUCACAAUAUAAUCGAAACGACGGCAGACAACAAUAACAACAGCCGAUUAUCAAAUCGCAACGAAUAAAAUUAAUUACGCGCGCCUGAUCACACAUGAGCGUUUAAAGUGAGCUGGUGAAUGGCUGAAAAUGCCGAAAGCUACACGAAUGCAAAUGCAACAGCAACCACAACAACAAGAACAACAACAGCAAUUGUUGCUCACAUAAUCGCCGACAGCGACUAAAGUUUACAAGUUGGUCAAGCCGCACAAGUAACUUAAAGAGAGACACAUACCAGUCGGUAAAUAAAAGAAAAAAUUUAAAACAAAAACAGAAACAGAAAAAAAACAAAAGCAAAAAAAACGCAUUAACGAAAAUAACGAGUGUAAUAGUAUUUAAUAGAGGCAAGCGAUUUGCCAACGAAACGUGCAACGCAAGACUAAUAGCAAAAACCAACGCGGUAACAACCACAAAAAAAUAUAAAAACAAAUAAAAUUGAAAAAACAACAAUAAAAAGAUCAAAAACCAACAACAAAACCAAAUAAAAUAAAUUUAAAAAUAAAAAAAUCCAACUAUUUGUUGCUAUUAUUGUUGUUAUUGUCUCGCACCUCGCCUACAUCAUUUCCAUACAACAAACAGUUCAACAACAUUUCGUUAUCGGUCCUGUGCGAAAAGCACGAAACACGACAGCUGCACCAGUUGUGGCAAGCCGCACACUAACAAUCGAUUGCUUGCAACAAGAGCUGUGGCAAGCUCAUCAACAGCAGCAGCAACGUUGCAGUGCCACCAAUUUUCCACAACAGAAAAAAAUCGAAUAAUUUUAAAACAAAAUUCGGUGAAAUUUUCACAACUCCACAAAGCAGUAACUACAAUGCAGCGCAAACAACAACAGCAACAACAUAUGGACACCGCAGUUGCACUUCGUCCGCGCAAAUGUCAAAUGUCUAUGCAACGUGUGGCGUUGUCGCGCGCAUUGGCAAAGCUGUCAGUUGCAGUGUUGCUGAUUUCUUCAUUGGCCGUUGCCAACUGUCAAGUUUGUGGCCAACCUGCCGUGCCGCUUAAUGCCAAAGUACAGACCAUCUCCGGUGAUGUGGGUUUCAUUGAGGCCAAAUACGAUUGCGAUUCAGGUUAUGAGCUCUUCGGCCCACGAUCCAUCAGAUGUGAUCCGAGGACUGGUUGGGAGCGUGAAUUGCCAUUUUGUGGUACGAAUGUUGCUUACCGUAAGCCUGUCAAUCAGAGUUCGUACACACGUGCGGGGCCGGCGAAUUACGCCAACGAUGGUAAUCCGGGGAAUAAGAACCCCGACGGCCAACAGUGUUCCGAAACACAGAAAGAACCCUCGCCCUGGUGGCGCGUUGACCUGCUAGCGCCACAAGCCGUGCGCGUUGUGCGCAUUACCACACGUGGCUGCUGUGGCCACCAGCCGCUGCAGGAUCUCGAGAUACGUGUUGGCAACAGCAGCGCCGAUCUACAACGUAAUCCACUCUGCGCCUGGUAUCCCGGCACCGUCGAGGAGGGCAUAACGAAGACGUUCUCCUGUGCGCGUCCACUCAUUGGCCAAUAUGUGGCCAUUCAGCUGGUGGGGGUGGAGGGCAGUUUGAGCUUGUGCGAAGUGGAAGUCUUCACAAACGAUGAAUUCUCCGUCGAUCGCUGUCUCAGCCCCAAUCUGAGCGUGGACACAGUGCUGACGACAUUCUCAAAGACUUGUUAUGAAUUUCAUGUAACUAAGGGUGAGAAUUUCGAGAAGGCGCAGCAAAUGUGCGAAGCAACUGGUGGCAAUUUGGUGCACGAUUUUCGUGGUGCCGCCAACGAUUACAUACUCGCCGAAUUGGAACGACGCAAAUCGGAGCUGAAGACACAGCUGGUGUGGAUUGGUGCGCAAAAAGAACCCGGCAUUACUUCGCGCACCUGGAAAUGGGUUAACGGUGAAGUGGUGCAGAAACCGGCCUGGGGCAAAGAUCAACCGAACAACUAUAAUGGCGAGCAGAAUUGUGUGGUGUUGGAUGGCGGACGGAACUGGUUGUGGAAUGAUGUGGGCUGUAAUUUGGAUUAUCUGCAUUUUAUAUGCCAGCAUUCCCCACUCUCUUGCGGCUCGCCGGACUCACAGCAUAACACCACAGUUAUUGGACGCAACUACACGCUGGGCAACACGAUCAUCUACGAAUGUCCAAAGGGUCACUCACUGCUCGGCGAUGAAGAGCGCACUUGUCGCGCGGAUGGCACUUGGGGUGGACGAGCGCCGACAUGUAAAUAUGUCGAUUGCGGUCCGCUGCCACAACUGGAGCAUGGCGCCAUUCUAUUGUCGGAGCAACGCACCAGCUAUGGCGUGCAGGCGACCUACACUUGUCACGAAAAUUACACGCUCAUUGGCAAUGAGAAUCGCACUUGUGAGCUGACUGGUUGGACGGGCAAACAGCCGGAAUGUCUGGUUGAUUGGUGUCCUGAGCCGCCACGCAUCGCCGGCGGCAGCGUUAGUGUGACGGACAAGCGCGCCGGCUCGACGGCCACCUAUGUGUGCGAGGCCGGUUAUGUGCUGGUGGGCGAACCGAUAAUUUCCUGUGGCCUCGGCGGUGAGUGGUCCAGCAAGCCACCAGCAUGUCGUUUCGUCGAUUGCGGUGCACCAGCGCGUCCCGAUCGGGGUCAUGCAGUAUUGGUGAAUGCGUCGACGACCGUUGGUUCGAUGGUCAAAUAUGAAUGUGAAGAAGACUACUGGUUGGACGGGCCGUCGGAGUUGUAUUGCACCAAAGAGGGUAAAUGGUCUGGUGACGCGCCGGUAUGCGAGCUGGUCGCUUGUGAUACGCCGCAUGUGCCAGCUGGUUCGUUCGUGGUGGGCUAUGACUACAAUGUGCACUCGAAGAUUCAGUACAACUGCGAUCCGGGUUAUGUGCUGCGCGGCAAUCCGACUUUGGAAUGCUUGGAGACCGGCGAGUGGAAUACGGAUGCACCAUUCUGUGAAUAUAUCGACUGCGGCAUCAUAACACCCAUACCAUACGGUUCCAUAAAGUAUACACAGAAUACUACAUAUGUGGGUUCAGAAGUCACUUUCAGUUGUACACAGUCGCACAAGCUGAGUGGCGUGCCAAGGCGCAUAUGUCUGGAGUCCGGCGUUUGGAGCGAUGCCUCACCGAAGUGUGAAGAGAUCCGCUGCUCCGAACCCGUAUUGGCCGCUCACAGUUUGCUCUCGGUGACGGGCAAUGACCGCAUGUACGGACGUACUCUAAUCCGUACCGCCGACUCCACACAGAACAGCGCACAAACCUAUAAAAUUGGCGCUUUGGCCAAAUAUCGUUGCGAGCGCGGCUAUAAGAUGGUUGGAGAAGCUCUUGUUACAUGUGAAGAUAAUGGUCAAUGGAGUGGUGCGGUACCGGAAUGUGUGUAUGUUGAGUGCGGUAUACCAACCAAUAUUACGAACGGCAAAGUGACGCUGGCCACUAAUGUCACAUACUAUGGCGCAGCAGUAUUAUAUGAAUGUAAUCCCAACUUCAAAUUGGACGGUGUCUCGCGGCGGUUGUGUACCGACGAUGGCACAUGGAGUCACGAAACACCAGCAUGCAUUGAGAUCACUUGUGAUGAGCCGGACAUCAGCGAAAAUCUAAUUGUCGAUAUUGCUGAUCACUCAGUGGGCUCACAGGCGAAAUUCAAAUGUGCGAAAGGACGUACGCUGAUCGGUAAUGAUACAAGAGUCUGCCAGAAGAACGGCAAAUGGGCGGGGAAAAGUCCAAGUUGCAAACCUGUUGACUGCGGACGUCCGCCGAUGAUCGAGAAUGGACGCGUCAUUGUGGUGAAUGAAUCCACUUUAUAUGGCGGCUCGGCGGAGUAUCACUGCAUACCGAGCUACAACCGCAUCGGACAGUAUCUGCGCAAGUGCACCGAAGAUGGCACAUGGAGUGGCGAUGAGCCACGUUGUGAAGUUGCCGCCACAGAGGCACAAGAGAGCUCCAGCUUGGGUACCGGCAUUGCGAUCGGCGCCACAGUCAUCAUUUUACUACUCUUCAUUAUCGGGCUCAUAUUUCUGCAUCGCAACAAGGCGCGACCGGUAAAGAAUACCGAGAAUGUGCAGGCGGCAGAGACCAAAGAUGAACGCAAUGCGGCGGUGAUGUCUUACUCGACGCUGGAGGCGAACAACCGAUUACAUUUGGACAAUGGACCGCCAGCGACAUUCAAUACGUUCCAAGUGAAUGGACGUGGCAGUGUAAACGGUAAUGGAACCAUUGGCCGCAAGCCAGAGAACAUCUACGAUCAAAUACCCAGCGAGCAAUUCUACGAUGCGCCAUAUGAGAUGCGCAAUAACGAUGAGGUCUACGAACCUGAACCGACGGCUGGAAAUGUCAUCACCAUAAAUGGCAUAUCGGUGCGAUGAGCAGCAUGCGGAACCGCCGAGUCAGCAAGUCGUCGUUGUGGUUAUUUUUAAUAAA